AUGCCCACCGUUGCUGUAGAAAAGGAAAAGUUCUUCGCCCAUAUGGGCAGAAGCUACACCGAUGAGGCCUUCGAUGAGCUCUGCUUCGAGUUUGGAAUUGAAUUGGACGAGAUUACAUCGGAACGCGAGGAAGCUCAAAAGUCCACCACUGUGAAACUCAGCGAGCAACAAAUCGCUGCUCUUUCAGACAAGGUUAUCUACAAGAUAGAUGUUCCUGCCAAUAGAUACGAUCUUCUUUGUAUCGAAGGUUUGAGUAGGUCAUUGAAGAUUUUCCUUGGGGACCAGGAGCCUCCUGUCUUCAAGCUUGCUCAGCAGGAACCAGCUGCCACUAUGAAAGUGAAGAAGUCAAACACUGAUACUAUCCGUCCCUUUGUGGUUUGUGCCGUUCUCAAGGAUAUCACCUUUACUCAAGAGCGAUACAAUUCGUUCAUUGAUUUGCAAGAUCAGCUGCACCGAAACCUAUGCCGUCAACGUACUCUGGUGGCAAUUGGUACUCACGAUAUGGAUACUAUUGAGGGGCCCUAUGUUUAUGAUGCAAAGGCUGGAGCUGAAAUUGAAUUCGUUCCUUUGACUCCGAGCGAUCGUAGCUUCAACGCCAAUGACCUUUUGAAUUUUUAUGAAACUGAUGUGUCUGCGAAGCACUUGAAGCCCUACGUUCCUAUCAUCAAAGACUCGCCUUUAUACCCAGUGAUCUCUGAUUCCAAAGACAGAGUUUUGUCACUUCCUCCUCUGAUCAAUGGUGACCACUCCAAAAUUACUUUGAAUACGAAAAACGUUUUCAUUGAAUGUACUGCAACGGACUUGACGAAAGCAAACAUCGUUUUGGACACCAUGGUUACAAUGUUCAGCGAAUACUGCGCUUCCCCUUUUACCGUUCUUCCUGUGAAGAUUGAAUAUGAAGAUGCGGCCGGCAAGACCGUCGACUCUUAUGUGACCCCAACUCUUUCCACUAGACGCGAAACAGCCAAGGUAGAUUUCUGCAAUUCGUUGAUCGGUAUUAAUAUCACUGCACAGGAAAUGCAAACGCUGUGUAAUAAAGUGCAGUUGGGUCCCGCAAAGCUGUUGGAGAAUGAUACUAUCUUGGAAGUUACCGUCCCACCCACACGUUCCGAUAUCUUGCAUCCUGUUGAUAUUGCAGAGGAUAUUGGUAUCGCUUUUGGAUACAACAACAUUGUCAAGCGAGUCCCAGCAACGAAUACAGUUGGAGGAGAAUUCCCCCUGAAUCAGCUUGGAGACUUGCUUCGAGAAGAAAUCGGGCGUGCUGGGUACACCGAGGUCUUGACUCACGGAUUGUGCAGUAUUCAUGACAACUUUGACGCCCUUCAAUGUCCUCAACAGUUGGAAAAAGCUGUAUCGCUUUCCAACCCAGCGAAUAUUGAAUACCAAGUUGUUCGUACUACCUUGCUUCCUGGCCUGUUGAAGACAUUGCAACACAACAAAUCUGCAUCUUUCACCAAUGGCUUCAAAUUGUUCGAAAUCAGUGAUGUUGUUGAAGUGGAUUUGGAGCAUGUUGUCACCGAGACCAGAGUUGGAGCUAAGAACAUCCGAAAGCUUGCUGCAGUCUAUGCCGGCCCAACUUCCGGUUUCGAAAUUAUUCAUGGAUUGGUUGAUCGAAUCAUGACUCUUACUGAGGUUGCUCCAGAAGCAUCGUAUGUCGCCACAUCCACAAAGAAGGAUCAAGCCGAGGAAUCAAGAUAUAGAGUAAGCAAAGAAGGAUGGUAUUACACAGUUGCAGCAAUGCCAGUUGGUGCCUACGAAGAGAAUAUGUACUUCCCCGGACGUGCUGCGGAAGUCAUGUUGACGAAACCAGGAAGUUCGGACAAGAUCCGAUUGGGAACCUUUGGAAUCUUGCACCCAAAUGUUUUGAAGAACUUUGACAUCAACUAUCCUUCGUCGGUUAUGCAGCUAGAUCUUGAACUACUUUUAUAA